CCAAGGACUCAACGCUCAAUACUCGCAAAAUACUGUAAAAAAUUCGACAACACGUUCAUAAGAUUCGCGGAUACCCCAAAUCAACUCUGAGCCAGAAUAUCCGACAAAUAAGACAUCAUGGGUUCCAGCAACAGAAAGAAGAAGGAAAAGGCCAAGGACUUUGCGAAACCAAAGUUCAAGGUCGGAAAGGCCAAGGUCAAGCCUACCAACUUCACAGACACUAGUUUCAAGGCAAAGUCCAUUGCCAUGGGCCAUCAGAAGCUCUCGACUGAAGCCCCUGACAACGCAACCCAAUUCAAGCACAACCUCUCAUUAGCCUCAACAUCAAGAGCAGACAAACAGCGCAAAGAGUCCCUGGCUCAUCUGACAAGCCAGGUGCUGGCAGACAACAACCCGGUCGGAACCGCAACAGUGCUGAGCAAGCUUCUGCCUCUGAUCUCGGACGCCUCAGGACCCGUCCGCAGCCAGCUGCUGAAGCUGUUCCGGGCCCUGCCCGAGGCGGAGGUCAAACACCACGCCGAGAAGUGCAUCAUGUACACCAGAGCAGGAAUGACACACCUUUCCGCCGACAUCAGCAACGAUUCGCUCUCCGUUCUCGAGUGGCUCCUGGAUGUCGCGGAAGAUGAGACCGUCAGCUGCCCGGGCGGUUGGGUGAAGACACUCAACAGUUUCUGCGCGUUGAUGGGCUGGACUGUGAAAACGAGCUCGGGGUGGUCGACCGCGCCAAAGACGGGCCUCCGCACAAAGGACGCGCAGUCGCACGCGGGACAGGUCGCCGUGCUGGCUAGGUUCCUGCAGGCGGGACUCAAGCCCGAGGUUGCGACGCAAAAGAACCCCAACGCCUAUGCGGACAAUAUGUACCGAGUGCCCCGGACGCCGAACCCAUUUGCGUACCUCAACCUGUUCGGGACCCGUCGGGACGAGGAAGCAGAGAUGUAUAAUGAUCGCGAGUCACGGCAACGGGUGUUCCAUAGGAGGUUCCUGGAUUCGUUCCAAAAAGGCGUAGAGCAGUCGAAGAAGGAGGGCGGUACCAUCGGUCGAUCGGCCGUUGCAUUGAAUCAUGCCUUGACCGAGGGUAUGAGUGGAUAUGAGGCGACGUCUGCUGUUGAGCCUCAAGAUCUCCUUGAUUUGUGGUGAAGGAUACGCCCCUCCCCUCCAAAUUUCAAAUCAUCCGCAACCUCUGGCGGUCUUAGAAACCCGCCCGACAAGAUCGCCUGCCCAAAUCAACCUCUCCUCCGCAGUAUUGUAGGUCCCGGUCAGAUGGCACUGAUUUCGCCGCUGAGGCUAGGUGCCUGAAGCUAGGUGCCCGGGCAACUACGUCUUGCCUGUCGGAGCAAAGUGAUGCCCGGAGGGUUUCUUGGGAUAUGGAAAGAUGCAAUGCUUCACCGCGAGAAGGCUAUACGUUUGGCUGGUUGGAAUUGGCGGACGAAGUGAAGUUCCAUUCAAGCCGCUCAGUAACGUCCAAGAGCGUCGCCAUCCGCUACCUCAUAUUAUGUAGCAUUCAUAGAUGGAUAUAUUAAUGAUACCCAUCUCACCUCGGUGAGACCCCUGUUGUCCA